GCUGAGCUUAUUUCAGGAAGUAAAGCGGUCAAGUUGUGGAGAAACGAAAACAUCUCUGAAGUGAUAGGAGAAACAUCUUCACCGAUAAUGGCCGAACCCAGAAUAUCGUCCAUUGAUGGAAAGCUGGCUGAAGAAUUUGCCGUUCCCUCCCACGUCGAGGUGGUCAAGGACAAGAUGGCUGCUUUCGCCGCCCGUCACGCCGACGUGGGCCGCAGAGUGGUCCUCAUCACAUCAGGCGGCACCAAAGUCCCGCUGGAGUCGCGCACCGUCCGCUUCCUGGAUAACUUCAGCAGCGGCAGGCGAGGAGCCUCCUCGGCGGAAUACUUCAUUGACUCGGGCUACGCUGUCAUUUUCCUGCACAGGCACCGCUCUCUCUACCCCUACACACGCCUGUUCUCCACCAUCAACAUGCUGGACGCCCUGCAGCUGAGGGCGGGAGACAGUGAAGGAGCGGGGGAGGUGGUGGUCGACCAGGAGGUGCUUCCGAACAUCGCCAGAGUGCUGAAGAGGUACAACGAAGUGAAAGACGGAGGACUUCUUCUACCCAUCGAGUUCAACACUCUUUCAGAGUAUCUGCAUUUACUGAAAGCAGCGGCACAGGCGCUCAGCUCUAUAGGGUCAAAGGCCAUGUUCUACUUGGCUGCAGCCGUCUCUGACUUCUACAUCCCGGCGUCAGAGAUGCCCGAACACAAAAUUCAGUCUUCUAAUGGACCUCUUCAGCUCAGCAUGAAGAUGGUUCCUAAGAUCCUGUCGCCGCUCGUUAAGGACUGGGCGCCUCAGGCGUUCGUCACGUCCUUCAAGCUGGAGACGGACCCGACCAUCCUGCUGGACAGGGCCCGGCGCGCUCUGGACACCUACAGGCACCAGGCGGUGGUGGCCAACGUGCUGGACUCACGACGGGGUUAUGUGGUGGUCGUGACCCCGGAGACCCGGGAUGAGCUGGUCGUCACAGAGGGCGACGCGGAGAAAGGCGUGGAGAUCGAGGAGCGGAUAGUGAGCAACCUGACGACGGCGCACAAUAAGUUUAUAACGCAGCAAGCCGCUGGACAGAAAUGACCCUGAUCCAGUCUGCUGUUCAGGUUUGACUCGUGAAGAGUUUCCUCUACAAACAAAUCAAGCUGAUUAUUGUUGAUGUUGUUUGAAUCUUUAUUAAUGUCAUCAGAAAUCGCACGGUUUCAGUAUUACUGACCAAUAACAACUCAACUCUCUGGACUCGCUGCUGGCUACUUGAGCUUGGUGCUCUUUUUGACCCCGGCCCGAAUCCCAGACGCCUCUCCUCCGUACCGCGUCUCUUCCUUACGGACACUUUGCACCUGGUGAGAACAAACACAGGUUAAAAUAUCGUACGGAUGGUAAUCUAACAUGAUUCCUUCAACGCUGCAUGCGAUACAAACCUGUCCCCUCCGGCGGAUCUUGGCCCGUCUGAACUUUUCUCUGUGCUUGACUCUGGGAUUCCGGUCGAUCUUCUUCCUCUUGGGCGUCAGCCCCUUGUUCUUGGCCAUCUGUGGAGGCACCAGAGCAGAAAACACUGAGAACUGAACCGGGAUUAGGGUAGAAACACAAAGAUGCAGCUGAGAUAUUUGAUCUGCUGUGUUGUCAGUGACACUUGAGAUGAUUUGCAAAUAAAACUGUAGCAUUAAAAAAC